AAUAUUCAGAAUGAUUCGUCGGCAGAAAGUUCUCACUGCUAUCGAGCUGCAAGCUAUUUUAGAUAGUUGGUCUGAUGGAGAUAGUGAUGGAGAGGAUAACUUUGUCCAACACGCAGACGCCGUUGAUAUUAUCAUAACGCCACCCGAUGUCGAUAUUCUGAGUGACAAUGAGGAAUUGGACGACAAUAUUCAAUUGUUGCGCGAUAACCCGGAGCUGCCUCAUGAGAUUGCAGGGCAAUUUGAAAUUCAAUGCGUUUACGAUGACAGCAACGAGCACUUGCCAUCGGGUUGUGAUGAUGAUACCGUAAAUGAACCCGAUUUUGAACAAGAAGAAGAAGAUGAUACACCGGUGGCCUCGACAUCUAGUGGUCGUGGUCGCAAAUCAACGCUUAAAUCAAGUAAGCCACCUAAGCGACCCAGAAUCGAAGAGGGCAUGAAACCAAAAUGGUCUCGGUCGCAAAAUUAUCAAUUCACUAAGAUUCCAUUCGAUGAUUCGGCCACUUCACACAAAGCGUUGUAUGAGAAAAUUGGUGACAUGAAUCCAGUGCAGCUUUGGGAAAUGUUCAUCGAUGAGGAGGUGUUGAACAUGUUGGUUACUUCAACCAACCAAUAUGCUGCGACCAAAAAUUGUCCUUCGUUCAUAACAUCAAUUAGCGAAAUGAAAACGUUUUUGGGCGUGUUGUAUAUAACCGGUUACCAUACAUUGCCGCAAAUAUAUAGUUAUCGGUCAAAUCGGGAAUCAUUAGGAUGCGCGCUAAUAAAAGAAUGUAUUUCAAGAGACAGAUUCAAACGAAUCAAACAGUUCUUUCACGUGUGUGACAACUCAGCAUUGGAUAUGAAAAACAAAUUUGCAAAAGUCGCACCAUUGAAUGACUUAUUGAACAAAAAAUUUCUUCAAUUUGGUGUUUUCUCUCACAACCUUUCCAUUGAUGAACAAAUGAUUGCCUACUACGGCCGACAUUCGUGCAAAAUGUUCAUCAAGGGAAAACCAAUUCGUUUCGGGUACAAGUAUUGGUGUUUGGCUUCGUCAGAAGGCUACUUGUAUCAACUACUUCCAUACGCUGGUGCAUCAGAACAGGAGGACCCAGGUUUCGGACUGGGAGAACGUGUUGUGCUAUCACUUCUUUCACAUCUGGAGGCCCGCGCCAAGCGCACGGUUACCUUUGACAACUUCUUUACAAGUCACAAACUUAUGACUCGUUUGUCGAACGAUGGAUUCUUCGCUUUGGGAACUGUUCGUGAUAAUCGGACCAAUCAUGCCCCAUUAAUGAACAUCAAGGAAAUGAAAAAGAAGCCUCGCGGGACGUCUGACUUUCGUUUCGACAUGAACAAUUCUAUUUUGGCGGUGCGUUGGAAUGAUAAUGCGGUCGUGACCUUAUUAUCGAAUUUCCUAAGCCAUACACCAAUGGUCCGCGCGAAACGGUAUGAUCGAAAGCAACGGAAAAUGGUUACUAUUGAGCAGCCGUAUUUGGUCAACGAAUACAAUCAUCUUAUGGGAGGUGUGGACCUUUUUGACAAUGCAAUGAACAACCACGCUGUCGAGUUUAAAUAGCGG